AUGAUGUGGCUGUUUAUUGGUUCUAUAAUUAUCCUUUAUAUCUUCUAUCGUUUAUAUCAACAUCUUUUUCCGACACCAAACAUCAAUUCUAAUGGUAAAUACGUUCUUAUUAGUGGUUGUGAUACUGGAUUCGGUCAUGGAUUAGCGAUUGAACUUGAUAAACAAGGUUUUAAUGUUCUUGCUGGCGUCUUCGUCCCUGACAAUGUUGAUUCGCUCAAAAAUAAACUUUCACCAAAAGCUACAGUUUUUCGUCUUGAUAUUACUAAACAAGAAGAUAUUGAUGCUGCAUUCGAAUUAGUCAACGGAAAAACAAAAGUUCUUCAUGCUCUUGUUAAUAAUGCUGGCAUUGCUGCAGGUUCAUAUAUUGAUUGGACAUCAAUCGAAGUUAUGCGUAAAGUGAUGGAUGUGAAUUAUUUUGGACAUGUUGCAAUGACAAAGAAAUUUUUACCUUUACUUAUUGCUAAAUGUGAUUCUCGUGUUGUUAAUAUUUGUUCAGUAGCUGGUUACCUGACAUUAUCCAGUAUGUCGGCUUAUUGUACAUCAAAAUAUGCACUUGAAUCAUUUUCGGAUUGUUUACGUCGUGAAAUGGUUCCGUGGAAUUUACGUGUUAGUAUUAUUGAACCAGGAUUUAUGCGAACGCCUAUUAUUCAAGGAAGUCCGAAAUUAUUUGCCGAUUUUCGGAGUCAACUUUCAAAUGAUAUUAAAGAACGGUGGGGAGAAGAUUUUAUUAAAGCUAGAUUAAAUUCCAUUAAAGACAAUGCAUUCUUCAAACAUGCCGAAGACCCUAUAAAAGUCGUUCGAGCUCUUCAACAUGUUGUUAUGAAUACAGUUCCUCAUAUUCGUUAUCGACCUGGUUGGCAAUCAAGUCUUGUUUUCUUUCCAAUAUCUAAUUUACCAGCUUUGAUGGUUGAUUGGUUUUUGAGUAAAUUAAAUAAAUCACCUCAUGUUCCUGCAGGUGUUUCUCGACAACUUAAAGACUAA